AUCUUAUCUUAAUACCUCGAAUUAUGAACUUUUACUUUGUGGUGUGUGAAUUUGUGUAAUUGUUUUUCAGUUUUUAUCUGACCGCACUAGAGCCUACAAAGUAGUACAAUUUUAACAUUCAUGUGCAGUACAUAUUAAAAUGACUUUGCUACAAAGUAUUCCCUCUUGGGUGAAGGAUUGUUCCUUUGUGCUAGUCACCGUUGCUGGAGGGUUGUGGACCCUAAAGAAAAUACGAGACGCUAAAAAUGCUCACUUUGCAGCAAGAAAGGCACAUGAAAACCUCCUGCAAUGGUCAUCCACCCCUAAGGACGUCGUCAUCCUUCACACAAUAGGAAGGGGAAAAACUGCUCCAAGUCCAUCCCCUUUUGUCGUAAAGCUGGAAACAUUUUUAAGAAUGGCCAAUAUUCCAUACGAAAUGGACUUUACUAGCCCUUGGAGUAGUAAGGCGAAAACGCCCUGGAUAAGUCUGAACGGGGAACAUAUUGCAGAUUCACAACUUAUCAUUGAAUUCCUAUCAAAAAAAUUCGGAAUUUCAUUAGGAAGCUCAUACUCUGCUGAUGAACUGGCAAAAGCGCAAGCUGUUCGUGUAAUGAUGGAUGAGCACUUUUAUUGGGGGCUUGGUUUGUGGCGUUACGUGUACAGCGGUGGAGCAGGGCUUUCGGAAUUUAUGGCCAUGUCACCCUCCGACCUCGCCACCUUUUUCCGUGCUGCGAAUGCUCGCGUUAAGACUGCUUCGUGGUUCCAAGGGGUAGGACGCCACGACCAGGACACGGUGGUCGAAAUUAUGAAUGCCAACUUGGAAGCAGUGUCCAGAAUUUUAGGGGAAAAAAGGUUCCUCUUGGGAGAAGAGCCUUGUGCUGAAGAUUGUUCUCUGUUUGGAUUUCUUGUCCAAGUGUUCUGGUGCGCGCCUGGGUCACCCUACAAAUCCUUUGUGGAAGAGAAUCUACCUAAUCUGAAGGCAUAUUGCGGUCGGAUGAAAACCUUGUUUUGGGAUGAUUGGGAAAAGUGCUUAGCAUGAAACUUAAUUUGGAUUCGUUAAAAAGUUUUGACAAUUCAUAUCCACAUAAAGAUAAUUAAAAUUAUUUAUUCUUUAUUAUUCAGCAAUAAGUUGUGUAUUGUAGCAUGGAUUAUUAACAUCUCAUUUAUCAUUAUUAUAAAAUGAAUUUUGAGAAACUGACUUCACGAAACUCACGGGAGGAGUCGUAAAAUGACCUAGACAAAAUUCGCAAAAAAGAGUAAAAAUUCAUUAAUUAUAUAUGUACAUGGAAUAAAUAUGCAGUUUUUGCCAAUUAUAAUAAUAAUCUCUUGCAAUAAAAGAGCUAAAACGGCUAGUCGGUGGGGUCAUGUAGAUAGAUGGGUGGGCUUUAUGCACCAAUAUUUCACAUUUUCAGCUGAAAUUUGGCAUACAUGGAAGCUAAAAAUGACUUCAUUGACUUCUUCGUCGUAACGAAGCGAGCAACAGUGGUCAAAGAUUGUAAAUACUGAAAAGAUUUGGUGCCAAAUAAUAGAAAACAUUUUACAAGCAUUCGACGGUCGAAUUUCGACCAUUCCCAUUUAGGAGGUGGCAACUAUUUAGUCAAGUCGAACAAAAAUUUAGAAGUGGUAAGUACCUGACUCGGGCGAACUGAAGUCUGCAUGCAUAGGUUUUUUUAUAAGCAUAUAUGACUGAUACGUAUUCUGCUGGAUAUAUGUAUUUACCAACAAUUUAACAAACCCUUGAGUCUUAAUUCAUGCAUACAUGUACCAACUGAGAUAAAAACUUUCAUCAAGGUCAUAUUCAUUUGUUUUGUGCCUCAUGCAUUAUUUGUCGGUAUUCUUGUUGCAAUCUGCUAAACUGCUGACCAAAACCAACCUGCACUGGGCUCGAAUGUAUAUAUAGGACAGUUCCACAUAAAUUCCACACGUGUGCACACGAUGACCGAUUUAAUAAACCCAGUAAAAUUGUUUGUGCAAGAGUACAGCCCCCUGGUGUUAUGGGGUCUGGGUGGGCUCUGGGUGGCGCAGAAGGUGACUGGCGUUCUUGGAGGCGUUAUUGGUGCUAUCAAUAGGAAACGGAUGUUGUCGAGGUGGUCCAAUACGCCGAAGGACGUUGUCGUUUUGCAUGGAUUUCCGGAAGGUGUUACAUGUCCCAACAUUUCCCCCUUUGUGCUCAAGUUGGAAACGUAUCUUCGAAUGGCUAAAAUCCCGUACGAGGUGGACAAAACAGAUCCCAUUAGCGUGAAAGGAAAAUCCCCUUGGAUAACACUGAACGGAGAACACAUCGCAGACUCACAACUUUGUGUCGAAUAUUUAGCAAAGUAAUGAUAUCCAACUACUUUAAGGUCCCCUAGGAUGACACGUUGAUUUUUCUUCUCAUCCUACGCCUAGUCAAUGUGUCUAAAUGGAAACUCGAUCUUAGGAUUAGAUGGGUGCAACACAUACAUACAUAGAUUCAGGUAUUUGCUUGCAUGUAAUUGUAAAUAUGUAUUUGCUCAUGGGUUGUUGUUAGCAUUUUAGCCAAGUAUAUGGUAAGAUGAAGAGAAGGACCUUGAAGAAGCAUGAAUGAUAAGCUAAACGAAUAUAAUCAGUAUGUAAUGUAAAUAGUAAUCGAGUCAUUUCUCAUGAAGCAUAAUUACUCUCGACAUAUAUAUAUAUAUGUAAAUAUGUGUAUAUGCAAAAAUAAAAAUAAUAUUGUAGGAAUAAUAAUAUAAUUCAAAAUCCA